UUGGAAGAGUACUGAUAAUGCCUUCUAUUCAAACUUGGUGGGAAAUGUUUUCAACAAUCAGAAGGUAUAAUAUUUUUGUUUUGUAAUUGGUUUCUUGCUAAAUUUGUUUUAUUCAUUUUUGGAUUUGUGUUUGUGUACCUGGUUUCAGUUGAUGGUAACCAGUUUCUUGAUUUUUUAUAUAUAUAUUUUUAAUUUAUUCAGUUGACUAUCCUGAAUGUCUAUCCGUCUUCUGAGGAGAGGAAGAAUUUGGCAGUGAAGAAGUUUAAGUUUGAGCCUCUAUACUUGCCGAAGGUGUGUGCUGAAGAUGGAGACAGUAGUUCGGGUACCCAGGUACUGGUUAGUUUUGUUGUUUGUUUUAGUUAAAAAAAUAUUAUUUUGUUUUGAAAUUUAUAGGUUUCUUUUUAUGUUUUUUUUUUUGGCUGUUUUGUAAAGUAUUUUAUUUUGUUUUUUUAGGUUGAUAGUGAAAAGUUGAGAUUGAUUUGUGAAUCAAUCUCAUCAAUAAAAGCAAGCCAAGAAACUAUUAUUAGUGACAUUGCAGUUAUGAGAUCUGAGUUCAUGGGGAAACUCAGUGAUUUGUCUGCAAUAAUUGCACAAUUUGUUGCAAAAAAUUAUGAAAAAGUUGCAAAUACAAGUGAUGAAAGUGCUGGUUUUAAUGAAGGGGAAAAGCCAGCUGAUUUUGAUAAUGUUUCCAGUCCUAUUUCUGAUGAUUCUAAGGUAACUUGUUUGUUUUUAUGCUUUAUUGUUUUUUUUUAACCAUUUUUAGUUGUAACCAGAUUGUUUUUUUUUUUUCUUGGGCUAGGAUUGUGGAAUUGAUUCAGCUGAAGAGUUUGAUGGUAGUAAGGUAACUGAUUUAUGUUUCUUAAUAGUAUGUUGUGUUUUUGUAGUUGAUUAGUGUAACUAGUUGCUAUUGUAACCAGUUUCAUUAUUUAUUUUAAGGUGUCGAGAAGGAUUUAAAUGAAAAUUUUGAUGCUGUUUAUUCUGGGUUGGAGUUGUCAAAUGUUGUGGGUGGAGAUAAGGUUUUGUAAUUUAUUUUUGUUUUUGUUUCUUGUAUUAUUUUAUUUAAAAUUGAAUUUGUUGUAAUCGAUUUUAUUUUUAUUCAUUAUAGGAUUUUUCAAAGAAGCCUGAGUUCAGUUCAGUUAGUUUAAGUUUUGAAGAAGUAUAUGUGGAUCCAGAGAUUUUGAAUGUUAUUGAUAAAACUGUUAAGUAUGCAAAAGGAAAAAAGAGAUUUAGUGGGAGUAAGGAUGAUUGGAAAGUUGUGAUGGUUGGUGAUGAUGAUGAAGUUCCUGUUGCUAUGGAAAAGAGGGAGUCUAAACCUAGUACUCAUGUCAAAUCUCAUUUUGUUACUGAGUUUGGUUCUUCUGAAGUAAAAGAAACUGUGAAGAGGAAGGGAGAGGAAGUGGUGAUUGUUAGAGGAUUGCUUCCAUUUGAAGAUGAAAUUGGACAGAAUGUUUCAAAAAAUGAAUGCCUGGAUUAUAUUUCUUGGAUUGAGGAUAAAAUGAAUUUUAAGAAUAAGAAGAAGAAAUUUUCUGAUGUCAAUAACAUUAUCAAUCCACCAAUGGAUUAUUCUUUUGUUAAAAUUUCUGAGAAGAUGUGGUUUUACAAGCUUCAAACUUGUGGAGAGGACCUUAUGGACACUGUAAGUAACCAGGUUCUUGGUAUAAUGUUUAUUAAUUAGUAUUUGUUUGUUUAGAUGUUUUUUUUUUUUUGUUGAUCAUGUUUAAGACAAGUAACCAGGUUCCUUUUAGUACUGUGUGUAAAUUGUUUUUAAAUUUUGGGUAGUAACCAGGUUCUUGUAGCAUUGUGUGUGACUUGUUUUUUUUAUUAUAUAUUGGCUAGUUUCUAGGUUCUUGGUAUAAUGUUUAUUAAUUAGCAUUUGUUUGUUUAGAUGUUUUGUUUUUUUUUUUUUUGUUGAUCAUGGUUAAGACAAGUAAGCAGGUUCCUUUUAGUACUGUGUGUAAAUUGUUUUUAUUAUUUAUGGGUAGUAACCAGGUUCUUGUAGCAUUGUGUGUAACUUGUUUUUUUUAUUAUAUAUUGGCUAGUAUCCAGGUUCUUAACUUUUGUAUGUUUAUUUAUUUUUUGUAGCAUAUCAAUGUAUGUUUUUAUUACUUGAGGAAGAAGAUUAAGUUGAUUGAUGGUUUGAACAAGAGGGUUACAACUACAGACUCUUGGUUUGAUGCAACUAUCAAGAGUUUGUAUGAUAACUUUGUGGCAGCCAAAUGUGAUUCAAGCAGCGUUCGUUUUGAUAACCUCAUUUCAGAUUACAUUAUUGGUGAAUAUUUGUUUUGUAACACUCCUUAGGUGUAUGUGGAUCAUGUUCUUUUUCCUGUGCAUGUGAAGUUUCAGUUGCAUUGGGUUAUUAAUCACUUUUCCAUUAAGAGUAGGAUGUUAACUGUCUACAAUUCUUUGACGGGGAAGAAGAAUGAGAGUAUUGCUUUGCCAUAUGUGAAGGCUUAUUCUGUUGUUUUACCAUAUUUUCUAGAUUUUCUUGAUUUUUAUUGUUCUAGGAAAGAUUUGGACUUGAAUGUUGGUCCAUAUUCUGUUGGGAAGAAGGAUCCAAUUGAUUUUAACUUUGCCAAAGACUUGCCGUUUCAAGAGGAUAAGUAAGUAACUAGUUUUUGUAUAUUGUUGUUUAUUUUUCUAUUUUGUUUGUUUUUAAAUUAUUUCAUAUGUUGUUUUUUGUGUUUUUUUUGCAGUGAUUGUGGAGUAUUUGUUAUCAAGUAUGCUGAUUUGUUUAUCCAUGGGAAGAUUGAUGACAUCCCGAAGAACAUGGCUGCCAAAAUUGCUACCUAUCGUGAUUAUCUUGCCAUUAACUUGUAUAGUCAUGCAAAAAAGAAGCAGAUUGGUGGGUACAAGACAGAAGAUGAUGCUCCAUCAAAGAAAUCAAAGAGGAGGAGGAAUUAUAAGUAGAGAUGUUGGAGUUUUUUUUUUAGCUGUAUUAACGACCAUGUCUUUUUUUUUUCUUUGUUUAAUAGUGAAGUUGUGGUUUGUAACUGGAUACUGUUUUAGUACCGGACUUAUGUAUGGUUUUUUUUUUUUUUGGUCAAUGUAAAGAAUUGGUUUCUACUUUUGGCUUAAUAUAAAGUUUUUUUUAAUGUAUUUUAUUUUUAUGUGUAUGUUUUUUUUUUCAAUAGAGUUGGUGAUUUUUUUUUUAAAAGUGUGAAGAUAUUGUUAUGUACAUGUUUUUUUUUUCAUAUAGGUUUCGAUUAUUAUUGUAUGAAGAUGGUGUAACCGAUUUCUUCUAUGUUAGAUAGUAAAAGCUAUAUGUUUCAGGUAACUGGUUACUGUUUCUUUAGUUUUUAUUUCUAUUUUUUUAAUUAUUUUUUGAUUUAUUUAUGUUUCUUGUUUUUUUUUUGUGUGAACGAUUUGUGAUUAUAUAACUAGGUUUUUUAAGUAGUUGGUUUCAUUAAUAUAUAGUCGUUUGUUAAAUUUACUUAUAGUAUCUGCUUUUUUUUCUAUUUUAUGUGUUGUAACCAGGUCCUUAAAUCUUCAGAUUUUGAAUAUCUUGUGUUGGAACCUAGAAGUUGAGUAUCAAGUUUAUAAUAUUUAUGUUUUUUUGUUUUUUGUGAAAGAUUUGUGGUUAUAUAAUUAGGUUUUUAAAUAGUUGGUUACAUGUAUAUGUAAUCGUUUGUUAAAUUUAUUUAUAGUAUCUGUUUUUUUUCUUUCUAUAAUAUGUGUUGUAACCAGGUACUUGAGUCUUCAGAUUUUGAAUAUCUUUGUGUUUGGAACCAUGAAGUUGAGUAUCAAGUUUUUAAAAUGAAAAUGUUUAAAAAGUUUGUACUUUUAUUGAAGUAGAAAACAUUAGGAUACAAUUUUAUUACAUCAAAUGAAAAUAUUGAAAUUGUAGUAUAUCUAUUCUUUAGAAAAUUAUUUGUCUAUUUUCUUUGACUUUGUUGGGUUUCGCUGCUUUCGGAUUGGUUCAUUCCUGCAUGUUUUUCUAUUAUGUCCUGGCUGCGUGCAUCUUCCACAUUUUAUUUGCACCUUCGGUUCUCCUCUAGAUCUG